AUGUAUCUACGAGGGUGCACUCAAGCUCUGUUGGCAGCCGGCCUGCUGCUCACCACCCCGGUCGGCUCCGUCAACGUAGACAAAGACGGUACAUGGGUGGUUGGAAUCAUCGAUGGCGACAAAUGGCAAGUCAGAGACGACAGACAGCCAUCUCUCUACACUGCCGACUAUGGCGACUGCCUAGGCAAGAGCGCCAUCAACGUUACACGGUUCGACGCAGCCUACUACAAAGACAACAUGACCAUCAUCUUUCACCUGGAAGGCGAGACUGGGCUCCGAAGAGAAGACAUUAUGAUGAAUAUCGGCGUUUAUGCGUACGGCGAGAGUCGAUUCGACCUGACCUUCAACCCCUGCGACGCCAACAUACUCAGCGCUUGCCCCGUCAAAGCCGGCGUUCCCAUCGAGGCGGCGGGCAUCAUACCGAUCAAUCAAGACGACGUCGCAGGGAUCCCGGAGAUUGCGUUGAGCAUUCCCGACUUCGAAGGCCAGGCCAUCCUGCGACUGUUCUCCAACUCCACACAGAACGAGGCUCCCUUGCUAUGCUUUGCCAACGCGAUCGGCUGUUUCGCGGCCCAGAUCACCAACGGCUUCACAUUCCAGCAGAAGAGCUCAGUGGGCACAACGCUAGGGCUAUUCACUCUCAUAGCCGUCGUUUCCUCCUUCGCUACAGCCGCCUACGGAUCCAACAUCGUCGACAUGCGCAAGCAUUACGCCCACUCGCUGUCAGUGUCUGUGGUCUUCGCGGUAUGGCACCACAUCUUCUACAGCGGGGCGUUAUCAGUGAACUGGCCGAGCGUCCUCGUGGCCUUCUGGAGCAACUAUGCCUGGGCUGGGGGUAUGAUCUACUCCGAGUCAAUGCAGAACACGAUCAACGAUUUUAUCGGCUCGAACAAAGGAAAUACAUCGCAUGUCGGCGCCGCAGGUACGGGCGAAAGCAAUCCUCAUCUUGGAGGAGGGGUCGACAUCCACCAAAUAUACAAACGAGACGCUAUUCCUCAAGAUCUGAAGUUCCAAGCUGCCCUAGCCAAGCGCCAUCUCGUCGAUGUGAAUAGCGGAUUCAAAUAUUACGGGCUGCCCGUAAAGCCUGGACUGCCACUUCCGGGCAACUAUUCUGGAUUUGCUGGUACCCUUGCGACGGAACACAUUCCGGCAAGCAACGCAUUCAUGACCGGACUGCUCUGGUUCUUAAUCUUGAUCGCAUGUGGUGUUGUCUCUGUACUCUCCCUGAAAGCUGUCCUCGAAGGCUUGGGUAGCAUACGCGUUGUCAAAAAGGACCGCCUCGCCUUUUUCCGAAGCCAUUACCUUGCCUUUGCUCUGUCGACCAUCCUGCGGACAAUCUUCAUCGGAUUUUACAUGCUGACAUUCCUGGCCAUGUUCCAGUUCUCCUACCUCGCUCUUUCCGGUCCUGUUGCAGUCGCUUGUGCUGCCUUCUUCGUCGUAGUAUUUGGCAUAGGCAGCAUCGCCGCCUACGCUUGUUUCUCCAGACUUCGAAUUGGCAAGUAUGCCUCUGAGCCCGACCGGCUGAACAUAGCCAAACGAAGACUACACAAGAUCAUUCCGUGGUUUAGUAUUUCCAGAAAUAGCAAGAUUCCGCGCUCCGAAGACGAGGUCUACAUCGGUUCAGUUCCUUGGUGGACAAUACAUGCCACGGCAGAUACCACAUCAAUCCAUGAUGACGAGCAGUACACGACAAGAUUUGGCUGGCUCGCCUCCCGCUAUAGGAAAACUCGUUGGUGGUUCUUCGUCAUUUGGCUGUUCUACGAAUUCGUUCGAGCAUGCUUCCUUGCCGGCGCAUCUACCCAGCCCUUCGUCCAGGUAUUCGGUCUACUUGCCGUUGAGAUUGUUGCCUUCAUCGCCUUCAUCAUUCUUCGACCAUUCGAAGGACAGCGCCUGAACGUUUUGGCCGUGUAUCUUCUCGGCUUGAGCAAGAUUACUACUACAGGUCUUUCAGCAGCCUUUGAUACACGGUUUGGUGUCGCUCGUAUCCCUACAACCGUUAUUGGCAUCAUCAUAAUCGUCAUCCAAGGUCUCCUGACAGUGGCCGUGAUGAUUUUGAUCCUGAUCGGCGCUGUCUCAAGCUACCUGUCCAUGUUGCGGAACCGCGAACAAAUGGCGCCGUUGAGCUGGAACCCAAUGCGUGAGAAGUACUUUGCGCAUAUCGAUUUCGCAGUGCAAGACAUUCCGCGACCACGUGCGGUGUCGAUUAACUCGAUGCCAGAGUUGCCGAAGACACCGUACUUUGAAGUAAGACAUGUGAAGCGGAUAGCCAAGGUUGAGGACGAGGAUGACGAGUUCAUGCGAGAGAUGGACAGCGAUCAUGCGACGUCCGAACUCUUGCUACCUGAGCAAAGUCACGAUACUCCCACAGACCGGCCCACCCAACGGCACAGGAGUGCAACUCUCCAGUCGCAAGCAUCUUACUCAAGUCUACCCAAAGCGGCUCGCCUGUAUCGCCCCAACUGGAGCAGACACGGGUACAGCGAUUCGAUGAGUCCCGGACGCCACAGGGCUUUGAGCGAAGCUCAUAUGAAGACUCCCAAGCAAAGUCAUGAGACGAUCGAUACCUCUUUCUUCUUCGGCGCUCUCGGACGCAGGCAAUGUCGCCACCCCGGAUAA